UUACCGGCUUGGCUUGCCGCAAAUUGUGUUGUGUUUGUUUGGUCGAUGAAAAUAUCGUUCCCGCGCUCGCUAGUCCAACAUUGGGUUUGAAUUUUGUUUCUCACGGAGGAUCACUCAUCCAGAAAGUUUUAUAUCCAACUCACAGAAUGGCAGACAGUGUACAGGGUACUUUCGUAUCGGAAAAAAUAUCUAAAUUGCGCUGGAAGCACGAAGAUUUUGCAGACGCUAGAUAUUUUGUCAGCGGCACUUGGGAUGACCCGGUCAACAAAGUUAGUUAUUGGACAUUUCAAAAGAAUGAAGAAGAGGAAUUGUAUCCUGCAUGUGUAUCAUCUAGUCCAGUUGUUGGGGAUGUGACAGAAAUUAAAUUCAUCUGUAAAGAUCAAUUUGUUUUUUCUUCUUCUGAUGGUUCUGUGAAGGUAAUGAAACUUGAAGAUGAUCCUUAUCCUAAUAUGAAAGAAUUGACAGAAUGGAAAACCAUUCACAAAUUUAACAAAAAUGAAUCAGCUCCAUGUACAGCUUUAUCAAAUUUUGAGCAAGAUAUUGUCAGUGUUGGAGAAGAUGGUAGAAUAAAUCUUUUGACAGCUCAACAACAAAAUCCUGUUAGAGUUAUUGAUGAAGCAGACAGUUGUUCUUUAAAUUGUGUUGACUUUUUGAGACAUAGUGAAAUUCUAACUGGAAAUAUUCGAGGUCACAUGAAAGUAUGGGAUCUGAGAAGCGAUCAAGAUGUACCAGCAACAACUAUUAUGCUUUCUGAACAAUCAAAGACAGAAGCAACAAGUAUUGCACAUCAUCCUACACAGAAGCACAUCGUGGUUGCAGGCGGAGGAGAUGGAAGUCUCACUGUGUGGGAUUUAAGAUAUAAUACUUAUCCCACAAGUCAGCUAAGUGCUCAUUCUAAAAGCGUUAGUGAAAUUCUUUUCCAUAAAGAUCAACCAGAAAAUUUAUUUACUUGCUCAGUCAGUGGAGAAGUUUGGCACUGGAAUAAUACGCAGCAGUCAAAACUGAAGCUUGAUACAACAGAUACCCAUUGGUUAAAUUCUAUUAACAAUAAAGCAAAUAUUCAUGUUAAUUCUCUGUGCACACCGUUACAUAAACCAGUGAAUAGUAUUGAUAUUGAUAGAGCAACGUUAAUUUUUGGAGGCGAUAACGAGGCGAUUUAUGUUUUACGUGAUGUAAGUGUAUUUUAAGAGAGAAUAGAUUCAAAAUCCAUGCCUGUAUCAUAAUUAUUUAAUGAAUUUUUUGUAUACAGAUGGAAUAAACAUCCAUCAAUAAAUAUUUUAUUAACAUAUCAAA